ACUCUUUAACGGCAAACAACAAAAUUUUAUUUCGUGUGAAAGUGUUUGCGAAAAGUGAUCAAAAAUGAAAUGCGCUGCCGCGAUCUGUUUGGCACUCUGCCUUUUCGCCGUUGCCUGUCAUGGCGUGCCUGUCGAACGCGAGACGCUACUGAGUAUUGAACAGCCUGUGGCCUUGAUUGUGGAUGAGCAACCACAGGAGCUAAGACGUGUGGCGCGUCACCGUUACGGCGGUUAUGGCGGUUAUGGUGGUGGCUACCCAGGCGGUUAUGGCGGUUAUGGUGGUCCAUCAUACGGUGGCUACGGUGGUGGUCCAGGCUAUGGCGGGUAUGGCGGUUUCCCAGGCGGUGGCUAUGGUGGUUCUUCCAGCAGUGCUAGUGCAAGCGCCAGUUCGAACUCUUAUGGUGGAUAUUUUGGUUAA